AUGGCAAACAUGAAAGGCCCAAAAUCUUUAAUGGAUGAAAUGAUUCAUCAGGAUAGAAAUUUCGGUGAUAGUGGUAAUGAGGAACGACCAUCAAAAUUUAGAGCAAAUGAUGAUCCAUCAUUGCGAGGUAAUUCAAGAGGACGUGGAUCAUAUAAUAACAGUGGAUCAAGAGGAACACGUGGUGGGACACGUGGAAAUUUUCAACAACAUGGUGGCGCAGGAUAUCAACAUGAUCAAUCGUAUUUUAAUAACAGAAAUAAUAAUAACAAUAAUGAUAAGGAACAGGGUUCAUUAAGUGGUGAUAACAAUCGAAAAAUGGGUGUAGCAAAUUCUGUACCGCCUUCAUUGUUGGGUUUGAACCUUGCACCGAAUCGACAUUCUUCCAAUUAUUCUACUGAUUCAAAUAAUUUUCCAAAUAAAAACAGUACAUUUCCUCACAGAGGACGUCCACGAUUCUCAAACCCACAAGCAGGUUAUAGAGGUAACAUGAAUCGAUUUUCUGGAGGACAAGCAUCAUUUAACGAGAAUAAUCAACAACCUUUAAAUGAAAAUUUUCGUCAACAGCAAUCAUUGUUCGGUGGUAGCAACAGUAAUAAUGCGCAAAAGUCACAAACUAUGGUACAGCAAGACAAUAAACAAAUAUCUCAAAAGCCAAUGCAAUCAAUUCUACCAAGAGGAAAUAAUGAUCGAAUAGAUAUAGAUUUAUCAUCAUCACUCAAAUACUCAGAACAAAAACAAGACGUUAGCUUGAUGGAAUUAAACGUUAAAAAAGAGCAAGAUAUGUUGUUACAUAAAACAAAGAUGCCAAAUCAGCAGCAAUAUUAUCAAAAUGAUAAUCGACGUUACGAUAGUCGAGAAGAGAACAGUAGAAAAGAGUAUGAUCGGCCAUCAAGAGAUCAUAAUAGUCGUACAGAUCGUUCAAGAUCACCAGCGACGAGAAAUGACCGACGGUUUGCAACGAAAUAUGAAAAUAAUGAUCGACAAUUUGGCAUAAAAGGCGAUCGAGACGUUUCAACUCGAGCUAGUCGAGAAAGCUUCAUGAAUAAAAGAGAGGAAAAACGUGAUAGUAACAACGAUGGAACAGGACGUCGAUCCAGAUUUGGAUCGGACGAGCGUGGAUUUAAAGGACGCGAUUAUGAUCAACGAAGUAACAGUCAACAGGAUAAUCGUGAACAUGAGCAAAAUGAAGGUCGGAGACUGCAAUUUCCUGGUGCGGGAUAUCGAAAUGUUCCUGAAAAUCGUCUAAACUCACAACAUGGAAACACGCAACAACAACAGUAUUCACCAAAUUUUCCAGGGCAAAAUCGUUCAGAUUACAAUAAUGUGCAACAAAAUUAUCGUCAACAAGGUGGAAUGACUAAUGAACAACGAUCAUAUAAUCGUUUAAAUCCAGAUUCUGGUACAAAUUUGGGCCGCCGUCAAAGUCGAUUUAGUGACCGUCAAACGGAAGAAUAUGAUAUUGAUAAUAAACCAUUGCAUAAACCAGAGUUUCAAUUGCCUGUUGCAAUUACAACUACUCCAUUGUAUCAAGUUACGAAUACUGCAACGUAUAGUCAAGCGCGUCCAUCACAGAAUCAAGCCUAUUCUCAACAACAACAAUCAUCGUCAAUCCAAUCUCAAAUCAAUCCACAAUUUCGCGCGCAAAUGCCACCCCCAAACUCUGCACAACAAUCAGCACAAAACCAACCAAAUAUGCCUUCUUAUCAACAAAUGCCGCAAUUGCAACAACAUUUCAGUGGAGGUCAAGGUUAUAAUUGGCCAUCAGCUACUUCUGUAGUACCAGCUACAAGUCAAAGCCAGUCACAGCAAAUAGCACCGCAUUCAAUGACUGCAAUUCAACAGCCUAAUCCUUAUAGUCAACAUCAAUCGCAGCAGCCACAAUCUGUAAAUCCUUAUGCACAGUAUGGUGUGACUUCUAACCCCCAACAAACUACUAGCUCAACUCCGGUAUCCACAUCUCAACAGUAUCAAAAUACCACAAAUGUUCAGCAAGCAUCAGCAACUCAACAAGCCACAUCGGCAGUGAGUGGAACGUCAGCGUCAGUGAUGGAUGCACUACAACAGCAGCAACAGCAAUGGGCACAGUAUUGUCAACAAUACUGGAAUUAUGUUCAGCAACAACAAGCUUUAAGAACAGCUUCAGCUUCCCAUCCUGAACAAACAGUUGCUCUUCAACAACAGUCACAACCAGCAGGCCACGGUUUUUCGUCUUUACCUACACAACCACAGUCACAAGCAACAGCUGUACCAACAGUUAAACAAACGACAACUGCCGCUGUCCAAGAUACUUCAGUAGCCUCAGAACCAUCAAAUCUCGAUAAUCAAUGGAGUCAAUAUGUACAACAAUGGAGUCAAUAUUGCAUGCAACAACCGAAUGCCUCCACGUCAGCAGUUGUUCUACCGACUACAACUCAACCAGUCAGCGAUAAUUCAAGCAUUAAUGUACAGCAACAGACAUCUCUUCCCGACAGAACAUCGGCAGCGUCAACAAUUCCCAAUUAUUUGUCUCAAUUAAAUCAUCAACAACAACAACAGCAACAAGGCGCAAAUAGUAGUUUAUGGCAAAAUUGGUUUAAUCAAACACAAUAG